GCUCUUUAUUCUGCAAUCUGCAGUCGAUGGUAAGAAUUACUCGAGUGUAAACGAAUCAACGCGUUUUUUUAAUUGUUCAGAUUUACAUGAAUUUAAAUUACAUAAACAGUAGUUAUCUUCCUUAAAAAUCUGUAUGUUAAAUAUAUAGUGGUUUUUUUAGUUUCACUCCAAGGUGAGAUGUAAUGUUUUAAAAAUAUCAGCCAGGAUUGAUUCAAAUUGAGAUGCGGACCUUCCUGAAGACAUAGCUAUUAGCUAGCCUACAUGAAUCUAAGCAUUAAGGUAAUGCGAGGUGGAAUAUCAAUAUGCCUGCUCAUCAGCACUCUGUCGCUCGCACCUGUGCUCGGUAGCAGAGCCUGCGAGCGUGGAAGAACCUGGUGGCAUCGCGAGAAUGGCGUCUGUAUGCCAUGCACCCGCUGCGACCCUCGCCGCCUCGCUGUCAAAUAUCCCUGUGAAGUACACAGGGACACUAUAUGUCAGCCUCUAUACGAGGUCCGCAUAUGGCCAUUCAACACCCCCCGCAAGGAGGACUCAAACGCGAGUGACACAAGUGAUUACGAAUAUUAUGAAUACGCGGACUACGGUGAAGUGACUGAGAGUGAUGAUAUCGUGUGGGACGUACAGACGUCCACCUUGACCCUGGCUGUUAGUGGUUGUGUAGUUUUCUUUGUGGUGGUGCUGACUCUAUCCUUCUACCAUGCACGGCAGUGGCGGGCGCUCAAACUAGCUCUUAAGUCAGAUGUGCACGAUUUAUCAGCUAAGCUGAAAUUGAUGGAAUCAGGCGGGGAAACACGGGCCGAGCCUAUCGUUCCCAGUGACCACAUCUACUGCAACAUUCACAUGGGCAAAGAUGCUUUACUUGGUUCACCUUCAGCUAAAGGCGGGAACGUGUACACUCAAGAAAAACACUGAAUUACCACCGAAUCGAGAAAAUCCGUUUGCAAGUACAAAGUCUGAAAACCUCGCACGACAUUGGAAUUGUUAAUAUUUAUAAUUUUUUUAGUAUAGUAUUAUAUAGUUAGUUAAUUAAACACUUACAAUACA